CUCCCCCCUCCCCAAGCCCGGCUCUCCGGUAUAAAAGCGGAGUUAGCUGCCAGACCGUCAGGGAAAUUUUGACUUUCCUUCACGGCCGGUGGUGUGUGGAGCCUGAGAAGACUUGGUUUUUACAAGCAGCACGCCAAGAAAGACUUCUCUCAGGUUACUCCGUGGUUCAGAUCAGCCACCUCUCAAACACCAAGCAGCUCUGCCUUAAGUUAAAAGCACCACCUGCCAGCUCUACACUGUAACCAAGCCAACACGAAGCCUUCAAAAUGAUGCAGAUCAGCAGCGACUCCGCCAGCAACAAGCACUCCCUAAUCAACGUCAUGCACCGCUUCAUAGCAGCCGCCAACAACAUGGAUGAGACCAUCAUGGUGCCGAGCCUGCUGCGAGACGUGCCGCUGGAGGAGCAGGCGGGCAAUGUGAUGGAGCACAACAACAAUCAGGAACCACCGUGUCCCAACAAGCAGAGGGACAUGUACGAGCACUACCUGCUCCUCAAGUCCAUAAAGAACGACAUGGAGUGGGGUCUGCUGAAGAGGGAGAUGAGCAGCGGCGCCAGCUUCCUGGAGAUGGCGGUGAAGCAGGAAGAGCAGCAGCCGGUCACUGGGGACCUGCUUCUGGAUGAGAACUCCGACCUGGAGAAUCAGUUUCACUAUCACCUCAGGGGACUGUUUGGAGUUCUGUCCAAGCUCACUUUGCAAGCCGACCACCUCACCAACAGGUACAAGAGAGAAAUCGGAGGCGGAAACUUCAUGAGAUAGAAAUCCCUUCAGUCCCCCACCACCACCCCACCCACCCGGACUGCUUGACUUGCACAAUAGGAUGUGUUAAGAGUGGGGUCCCCCCCAGCUCUUAAUAGAUCUCAAUGUUCAGUGAACUGACCAGGGUUACAACUAUUGCUUCUUUGACUCCUGAGUAGUGACACUCCAAUUUCUCCCCCCCCCCCCACCAAAAUAUACCUGAAACCAGUGAUGCCAGCCCAGUUCCCUCUGCCUGUCUCGGUGCAGGUGUUGAUGCUACGCGUGGUGGAUGGUUUAUUGAAUCUUGUUCCCCAGGUCCAGUUGAAGCGCAGCUCUGGUUUAUGAGAAACUUGUCCUUCCCUUGUCUGUCUUUAGUUUUGAACAUGAAUUUGUCGUCCUAUUGAGAAUAAAAGGAUUUCCGACUGUCGGAAAA